UACUUGGGGUGUAUAGAAGUUUUACGCUCAAUGAGAUCUCUUGACUUCAAUACUAGGACACAGAUUGCAAGGGAAGCAAUCAGCCGUGUUUGUGAAGCUGUGCCUGGUGCCAAAGGAGCCUUCAAGAAACGAAAGCCACCAAGUAAAGUUCUUUCAGGCAUCUUGGGAAAGAGCAAUCUUCAGUUUGCAGGAAUGAGCAUAAUGCUGAAUAUCUCCACAACCAGCUUAAACCUAAUGACUCCUGAUACAAAACAGAUCAUAGCAAAUCACCAUAUGCAAUCUAUUUCCUUUGCAUCUGGAGGUGAUCCGGAUACAACUGACUAUGUUGCUUAUGUAGCUAAGGAUCCUGUUAAUCGGAGAGCUUGUCAUAUACUGGAAUGCUGUGAUGGCCUGGCCCAGGAUGUCAUCAGCACUAUAGGACAAGCGUUUGAGCUUCGAUUUAAGCAAUACUUGCAAUGCCCCUCUAAGAUACCUACCUUCCAGGACAGGAUGCAGAGUUUUGAUGAGCCAUGGAUGGAGGAAGAUAACGAAGCUAGAGAACAUCCCUAUUACAACAAUAUCCCAAAUAAAAUGCCCCCCCUUGGCGGCUUCAUUGAUGCCAGGCUCAAAGCAAGACUUCCCACUGCAGCAGAUACAACUCAGUCUGCAGCAGGAGUGGGAGGAGAGCAAACCUAUUACCAGAGUCGUCACUUAGGAGACAAAUUCAGUGAGGAUUGGCACCAUGGGCCUGUUAAGCAAGGGUCUCUGGAUAUCUGUGGUAUGCCGGAAGGGAAGUCACAAGUAAUCCCGACAGCAGAGAUGCCAACAUACGUAAACACCCAGCAUAUAAAUACAGAGGCUCUACUGGCACUUCAGGCAGAUGCUGAAAGUGCCUUCAGUGGAACAGCAGACGAUACCAAAGAGAGCAGCCCAGGAAAGGAUCUGUUUGACAUGAAACCAUUUGAGGACGCCCUCAAGAACCAAACGUCUGAGGCUGCCUUGAGGAAAUCCACCUCCACUGGAUGCACCAGUCCUCUUCUAUCCAGAGCAGCUGACUGGACUGUAGCUGAAGAGCUGAGCACAGAGCCGUGGUAUCAAGGGGAGAUGAGCAGGAAAGAAGCAGAACAGCUGUUAAAGAGAUGUGGAGACUUCCUUGUGAGGAAGAGCACCACGAAUCCUGGCUCCUAUGUGCUGACAGGCAUGCACAACGGACAAGCCAAGCACCUUCUUUUGGUGGACCCAGAGGGAACUGUUCGUACAAAGGAUCGUGUCUUUGACAGCAUAAGUCAUCUCAUCAAUCAUCACCUUGAGAAUAAUUUGCCAAUAGUUUCUUCUGGGAGUGAACUCUGCCUGCAGCAGCCUGCUGAGAGGAAACACUGA